UAGGUGCAGCGAGUAACACCGUUUCGUCAGUUGUGUUGUGAAGAAAAUAAUUAUAUACAAAUAAAUAUAAAAAUCCUAAAAACAGUGGAGGAAAAAUAUAGCGUUUCCUCCUUGGGUAGCGUGUUUCAGUAGACUCGAUUAAUUUGGUUUACGUGUGUCCGGUUAUUACAAGCACGUGUUGGUGUAUUGUUGUCGUUCGUUUCUAAUUUUCCGUUUUACACGACGUUCCAGGAAAAUGUUGAAAUUUAUUUUAUUCUGCACUGCACUUUUGUUAAGUUUAGCAUCCAGCUUGAAAAUCCACGACUUCGAACAUCACGAAUACGAACAUCAUAAGGAACCCGAAGAAUCGGAACACCAUCACGAAGUCGAACACAAACAUGCCACUUCACAUCAAAGUGUCAAAUUUCAUCAUUACCACCCUGUGCCCGUCUAUGUGAAGGACAAACAUCUGCUAAAAAAUCCUAUCGAAAUUGGUGGUACAAAACAGAAAUUAAAGAUUUUACAUCCCGAAACAGAGCACAGCCACAAUCAUGGCUUGGUUUUGGAAGAAGAGAGCGAAUCUCAUUUCCACGAACAUGGUCAUCAUGAAAUCGAGCAUCACGAACCCCAUCUAGAGCACUAUGAACACUAUCAUCACGAAUAAGUGCAGAACGAAUUGCUAAAACCCGAUGGAGAGAGAAAGUAAUAAUGAAAAUUGUGCAUAGUUCGAAGAAAAGCCUGGAAAACUUUUGAAGCAGAUAAUGUAAUAUAUUACUUUUUAGUACUAUUAGAUUGGUAGCUGUGCUUGGUUUCUUUAUACAUUCAUGCAUAAGUACGUGCAUGUAUAUAUGUAUAUAAGUGUUAGGAAAUUUUUUUUAUUUUAAUUUAAAUGUCAAUUUUUUUUAUUAAUGGUGGAGCGACCUCAUAGGUGGCCCUUGUAUUGUAAUUUGUGUGGAGAUAUGUGUAUGAAAAAAUGGAAUUUACGUCAAUUGAUUUGCGUUAAGAACUGAAUGAAUGAAUAAAAAACAAAAAAAAAAAAAAAAGUU